AUGACGAGAGGGUUCAUGCUCACCUUCUACUUGGCUUGGCUUGUCGUGGUCCUCGGGUGCUUCUCGGGUGUGGCGCGAGCCCAGCUGGCUGGGGUGGAGAUCACCUUCACCAACCAGACCUUUAGCCAGAACGGCACCAACCUGGUGGCCCAGUUCGGCUUUACCCAGGGCUAUGCCUCCGAGGCCGUCAACUGCACCUUCACCUUCCCCGGCGCGCUCACUUUCCAGAGUAUAAAUCAGUACUACACCCUCAGAGGGUCCAACUUGGCCGGUCUCUCCUUCCCCAGCGACAUCAACGCGCAACCACUGAGCUCAGGCAAGCUGCAUGUGCGCAACGAAGGCGCUGUCUCCACUGGUACGGAGCUGACCUACUACGUGUGGCUGCACGAACAAGGCAAAGACCUGGGCCAGGCCUUCUCCUUCGGCCUGGCGUGCGCCGCCGACGGCCAGUCGGCCAGCUUCUCCCUCGACAACCUUGUGAUCGUGGACAACACCCGGCCGGCCGAAUCCGCGUCGCCUUCUCCUAAUUCCUCGCCGCAGCCUGGCUCUUCCAAGUCUCCUUCGCCCAGUCCUUCGGGAGGCCACGACGACGUGUCAUUGGGGGCGCGCCUGGCGCCGCUGGCCGCGCUCGUGCUUGCUGCAUGCAGGAGCAGACACCAAUAA